AUGAAGUCUUUCGCCUUUGCGGCGCUUGUCAGCGCUUGCGGCUAUCUAGGCACUACAAGUGCCUCGGUCGCGGUGAACAUCACUGUUCCCCGUGAUAUGCCAUCAAACUCGUACCCUCCCAACGGACCCCAACUCACACCCGGUCCUCCUCCGAAUGAGACGUACGAGUACAUCGUCGUGGGAUCUGGAGCGGGCGGCUCUCCCGUGGCGGCUCGACUGGCCUUGGCCGGUCACAGUGUGCUGCUCAUCGACGCCGGCGCUGAUCAUGGCCGCAUGCGCGAAGUCGAGGUACCCGCCUUGAGUAUCUGGGCCUCGGAAAGAAGCGAUCUGAGCUGGGCCUUUUUCACACAUCACUACGAAGGAGAAGAGCAGGCGGUUAGGGACAGAAAGAUGACCUAUCGUACAGAGAGUGGUGAUUUCUAUAGCGGCACCAACCCGCCCGAGGGUGCUGAGCGACUCGGCAAUUACUACCCCCGUGUCGGCGGCCUAGGCGGAUGUACGGAGCACAAUGCCAUGCUCUCCAUUCUGCCAGCCAACAACGAUUGGGACUACAUCAAGAACCUCACUGGCGACAGUAACUGGGAUGCACAAAACAUGAGAAAUUAUUACAAAAAACUCGAGAACAACCAGUACAUUCUUCCAAAUGACCCUACCGCUCAUGGGUACGGUGGAUGGCUCAGCACGCAGCUCACUCCUAUUAUUUUGGUUGCUCAGGACUUGAAGAUCAUUUCUCUCGUGGUGGCUGCCGCUUCCGCGAUCGGUGUCAACACAGAUGAUCUGGUAGGCAAGGUGUCGGACCUGGUUGAUGGGUUGCUCGGAGCUAUUCUGCCUGGCAGCCCGUCGCUUCUCGGUCUGGUCGACGGUCUGGGAAAGUUGCUCCUCAACGACAUUAACAACGACUCUCCCACUAGGGACAGCGAUACUGCUCUGGCCCAGAUCCCUCUAGCCAUGCACUCUCCCGACUACCGCCGGUCUUCGCCGCGCGACUGGGUCUACGACAUUGCCACGGCGACCAACUCUGACGGCUCUAGAAAGUACAAGCUGGACAUUGCCCUCAACACCCUAGUAUCAAAAGUCACCUUUGACAACGCGACAUCUAGUGGCAAGCCAAAAGCCAAUGGUGUCGAAUACCUAUACGGAGAGUCUCUGUACAGAGCCGACCCCAGGUCCGACCUCGAAGGCGACGGCGGUGUCGCUGGCAGCGUGUCCGCCACCCGCGAGGUCAUUGUAUCGGGAGGAACCUUUAACACGCCGCAGAUUCUCAAGCUCUCGGGCAUCGGUCCUGCCGACGAGCUGGCUCGCUUUGACAUCCCUGUCGUCAAGGACUUGCCGGGCGUUGGCACCAACCUCCAAGACCGCUACGAGCUUGGCGUUUCCGGCGAGGCGCCCUCCAACUUUUUCAUCCUGAGCGGGUGCACGUUCCUCGAGGGCGACGAGGACCCGUGUUACGACAAGUGGGUAGACGGCGUCGGCGCCCUCAAGGGCUCGUACACUACCGGCGGCAUCGCCCUGGGCCUGUUCACUCGCUCGUCCGUGGCCGAGGCCGACCACGACCUCUGGGUUGGCGGCAUCCCCGGCCUGUUUCAGGGCUACUUUCCGGGAUACUCCAAGACGGUCAUUGGCGAAAAGAACCACUGGACGUGGCUGGUGCUCAAGGCGCACUCGCGCAAUAACGCCGGCACCGUCAAUCUGACAUCGACCAACCCGCGCGAUACCCCCAAGAUCACCUUUAACAGCUUCUACGAGGGCGCCGAGGGCGCGGAAAAGGAUAUCCAGGCCGUGCUCGAGGGUAUGCGCUUUGGUAUCCAGGCAUUUGACAACCUCAUCCCCCUCGACGGCGAUUUCGAGCGGAUAUGGCCACCGCCUGAAGUCAGCUCCGACGAUGAUCUGAGGCAGUGGAUCCAGGACGAGUCCUGGGGUCACCACGCCUCGUGCUCGGCGCCGAUUGGAGCAGACGACGACCCGAUGGCUGUCCUGGAUGGACAGUUUCGCGUGCGCGGCGUCGACGGUCUCCGUGUUGUCGAUGCCUCCGUGUUCCCCAAGAUCAUUGGCACUUUCCCCGUCUUGGGAUUCUACAUGAUGGCAGAAAAGGCAGCAGAUGACAUCUUGGCAGACGCCACAUAA